AUGAAGUAUUCGACCGCGCUCGUCGUGGCCACGGCCUCGGCGGUUAAUGCGGGCUUCUGUAACGAUGCCUUUGAAGAGUUCGGAAACUUCUUCUGCCCCAAGGCGGUUAAGCAGGUCAAGUACAGCGGCCUCGACAUCGCUGGCAAGUACCGCGCCGUCGCCCAGAUGGAUAACAAUGGUCUUUGCACGUUCCAGGACAAGGACUACUCUGGUCCCAUCGCCCCGUUCGACGAGGACUUGACUUUGCACUUCCGAGGUCCCCUCGAACUAAAGACUGUCGCUGUCUUCACCCCUUCUUCGGGCGCGUCCAAGCGUGAGGUCCAGAGACCUCACUCCAAGCGCCAUGGCCACCAGCACCUUCACAAGAAGCACCACGAACACGCCAAGGCCGAUAAGCGUGAUGAUAUGGUCGUGGCCACGAUCGAUGGCCAGGUGGUGUCGUGGGCGAACAAUUAUUUCGGUGGUGGCGCCGAGACCCCCGCCCCCGCUCCGGCUCCCGCAGCUACGGAGGCCCCUGCUGCUCCUGCUGUCCCUGCCCCUGAGAGCAGCCCCGAAGCGCCAGCUCCGUCGUCGUCUAAGUCUGCUCCUGUCGAUGUUCCUGCAGGCGACUUCCAACGUAUCGCCUACUACAACUCUAAGGACCAGACUGCCGAUGGUCUUGUUUUCCUCGGUAACUUUGGUGACCCGGCUAUUUCUGGUACUUGGGACACUGUCUGGGGUGCUAGUUUGGCCUACGCUAACGAAGAUGGCACCAAGGCUGCUCCCUCUCCCACCGUCCUUAAGGACUGCCGUAUCGAUGACACCAAGGAAAUCAUUAUUGCUUCUGACCAAAAGUGCGACGACAGCUGUGGUACCGUUCGUCCUGGCUCUGUUGCUUACAAGGGAUUCGGUGGUGCUAACAAGGUCUUCCUUACCGAGUUCUCUAUGCCCCUGAGCGGCCAGACUGGCUGGAACAUGGACAUGCCCGCAUACUGGCUGCUGAACGGUGCCAUUCCACGAACGGGCCAGUACAGCAAGUGCAGCUGCUGGUCUGGUGAUAACGCAAGCCCCCAACAGGGUGGUUGUGGUGAGGCUGAUAUCAUUGAGGUCCUCCGCUCCGGUGACACCAAGGCCAAGUCGACUUUCCACUUCGCUGCCGGAACUGGUGACUCUCACUACUUCGACCGCCCGACCGACAAGACCAUGAAGGUUGCCGUCGUCUUCCAGGCUGCCUCGUCCACCACCUCUAUCAAGGUCCUCGAUGACGACUUUGACAUGACCGGCACCAGCCUGACUUCCGACCAGGUCGAGGACAUGGUCAACGACGAGCCCGAUAUCAACCUCUUCAGCUUGAUGAGCUUCGGCGCGUAA